GAGCCAGUUUGACAGUUCGCUUCGCUAGCAUCAGUUGGCCGACGAACGGCGCCGCGGCACGAUCGCUUACCGCCGCCAUCUUGUUCACGGACCGGGCAGUUUAUUAAAAAUAAACAGCCGUGUCUCUCCGAAUAUAUUUGCACAAAUGUGAACGAAAAUUGUUAAAUAAGACAAUCGAGUGAUUCAUUAUUAAUUUACAUUCCAAAAUCGACUAACGCUUAAUGUUGCCAUACUAAAAAAGAAAAAAAUAUUAACAAGCUUUUUUAAAUUUACCCGUUAAGGUGUAGUGAGUAAUCGUGUAAAUCGUGUCAAGAUCGAUAAGUGUGUGUCAAGGGGUUUACAACUUUCCAUCUUUAGUACCACUGGAUGACAUGGUUGCGAAGUGAAUAGUUUGAGUAAAACCUUCGUCGUGCACAGGCUCUUCGUGAAGGGAUUUUGGCGGAUCCGUUCAUGAUAGGCUGACCAGCGGCGGUGUCCGGGACACGUGAUAAAAAAAAUAACUGUGAAAAAAAAAAAGUGAAUUUAAAAAACGAACUGUCUUCUUUGACAUAGUGAUUUAAAAAGUGUAUUCAAAAAAAGAACUCUGGUGUAACUAAACAAAAGUGAAACAAGAUAAUCUGUGCUAAUUUUAAAUGACAUGACAAGUGCUUGAAAUAAAAAUGUCGACGCAAGCGUAUUACAAGGAGCGGCUCGGAUUCGACCCGCAGGAGGAUGGCGUUAACGGAAACGCGUAUUACGAGGGACCUCAUCAGCCUAAACGGCAUCGCAGCGAGCAGCGUCUCCCGUCGGAGACCCACGACCAGGUCUACGAGGAGAAUCUGACCAAAUUCAAAGAUGAAAGGGACGCGAUCCAAAAGAAAACAUUCACAAAAUGGGUCAACAAACAUCUCAAAAAGGUGAAUCGUCACGUAAACGAUCUGUUCGAGGACCUGCGCGAUGGACUCAACCUCAUUUCGCUGCUGGAGGUGCUUUCUGGCGAACACCUCCCGCGCGAAAGAGGUCGUAUGCGUUUCCACAUGCUGCAGAACGUUCAGAUGGCCCUCGACUUCCUCCGCUACAAGAAGAUCAAGUUGGUGAACAUACGCGCCGAGGACAUUGUCGACGGGAACCCUAAGCUGACACUCGGCCUUAUAUGGACCAUCAUUCUGCACUUCCAGAUAUCAGACAUAGUGGUGGGUCAGGAAGCCAACGUCACCGCACGCGAGGCGCUGCUCAGCUGGGCGCGUCGCUCUACAGCUAAAUACCCAGGAGUGAGGGUCACAGACUUCACGUCGUCGUGGCGCGACGGGCUGGCCUUCAACGCGCUCAUACACAGGAACCGUCCUGAUCUGAUUGACUGGCGUAAUAUCAGAUCAAGACAAGUCCGUGAGCGCUUGGAGACAGCUUUCCACGUGGUUGAGAAGGAGUAUGGAGUUACUAGACUAUUGGACCCUGAAGAUGUGGACACCCAUGAGCCUGACGAGAAGUCGCUCAUCACCUACAUCUCGUCGCUGUACGAGACGUUCCCGGAGCCGCCGCCGGUGCACCCGCUGUUCGACGCAGAGUCGCAACGCCGUGCCGCAGCAUACACCGAGCAUGCCGCGCAACACCGUGCCUGGCUGCACGAGAAAUGCGCCCUGAUGCAGGACCGUGCUUUCCCGUCAACUUUGAUAGAAAUGAAGAAGCUGCUCAGCGAGAGCACUCGGUUCCGCAACGAGGAGGUGCCGCUCAGGCAGCGCGAGAAGCAGAAGCUCUUCCACCAGUACAGGGAGCUGGAGAAAUACUUCGAGUCGGUAGGCGAGUGCGACAUCGAGCCGACGCUGCGGCCGGACGCGCUGGAGCAGGCGUGGGCGCGGCUGCUGCUCGCGCACCAGGAGCGCGAGCGCGACCUCAGCGACGAGAUCCGCCGCCUCGAGCGUCUGCAGCGACGCGCCGAGAAACUGCACAGAGACAUAAAACAAACGGAAUCCGGCCUCGACAACGUGGAGCGCCACAUCGAGAGCGAGAUCCGUCGCGUGGAGCGCGGCGUGCACCCCGCCGACGCCAAGCUGGCGGCCGAGCAGAUCGAGCAGGAGCUGCGCGCCAUGGAGCACACCAUACAGGACAUGAUGCAGGACGCGCACGCGCUGCGCGAGGGACGCUAUCCGCAGGCCAACGAGUUGCACAGGCGCGUGCAACAACUCCACGAGCGCUGGUUGAACGCGCGUCAAGCGUUCACCGGGCGGCUGCUACCGCGCCUCUCCUCCGUGCGCAUGCCCGUGCAGCAGACCACGGUCCACCGCGAGACCAGGACCGUGUUGGAGACCAGGGUGCACGACGCGGACCCCAAGUUCCAGCUGCUCAGCGAGGCCGUCAAGUGGUGUAAGGAGAGACUGAAAAAACUACACGAAGCCGACUACGGUUCAGACUUGCCUUCGGUCCAACACGAGCUGGACAAACACCAACGCGAACACAAACAGAUCGACCAGUUUCAUUCUAAGGUGGAGCAGUGCGUCCACAACCGCGCCAACUUCACUGGCGAAGAAUUGAAUCUAUACAACCAACAUUUGAGCCAACUGCAGAAGUUGUAUGCCGAGUUACUGUCAACCAGCACUAAAAGAAUCUCAGAUCUGGACGCGCUCCAGGACUUCCUCCAAUCGGCCACCGCGGAGCUGAACUGGCUCAACGAGAAGGAGCAGGUGGAACUGUCCAGGGACUGGGCGGACCCUCACAUCAACCUGCCAGCUGUACAGCAUUAUUAUGAGCAACUGAUGUCGUUGUUGGAGAAGCGAGAGCUGCAGUUCAGCAACGUGAUUGACCGUGGGGAGGCGCUCAUCGCUCAGCACCACCCCGCCACGAAGACUAUCGAGACGCAUUUACAGGUUAUGCAGUCGCAAUGGGCGUGGGUGCUGCAACUCACUCUAUGCCUCGAGACGCAUUUGAAACAUACCACACAGUACCACAACUACUUCGAGGAGGUGAAGGAAGCUGAGAAAUGGAUAUUGAAACGAGAAGAAGCUCUAAACACCACCUUCUCGCAAUCGGAAUUCACUCUCGACCAAGGAGAGCGUCUACUCAAAGGCAUGCAGGACCUUCGUGAGGAGCUGAACACCCACGGAGCGGCGGUCUCGCGCCUUGUGGAGGAGGCGCAGGACGUCAGGCCCGUGAAGCAACGCCGCGCGCCCGUCACCAGGCCGCUGCGGGCGGAAACCGUCUGCGCGUAUAAGCAUGCUAAUGUUGCCAUCGAGAAAGGCUCAGCGGUGACAGUGAUCGACAAUUCGGGCCGCAGCCGCUGGCGCGUGCGUCUCGGCGGCGCAGGGACCGAGGUUCAGCUCCCGGGCGCUGUGGUGGCGCUGCCGCCGCCGUGUCAGGAGGCGCUGGACGCUGCUGGGCGGCUGCGAAACUCUUUGGACAGGGUGAUCCAACUAUGGCAACGGAAACAACUGCGCAUGCGCCAGAAUAUGAUCUUCGCGACCAUCAAGGUCGUUAAAGGAUGGGACUUUCCACAAUUCGUGGCGAUGGGCGCCGAGCAGCGCCAGGCGAUCCGGCGCGCGCUCAACGAAGACGCGGAGAAGUUGCUCGCGGAGGGCGACCCCGCCGACCCGCAGCUGCGGCGGCUGCGGCGCGAGAUCGACGACGUCAACCGGCUGUUCGACGAGUUCGAGCGGCGCGCCAGGGCUGAGGAGGAAUCCAAAAAUGCCGCGAGGAUCUUCACAGAACAGUCGACACACCUGCUGGAAAGGCUGGAGAUAUUGGAGAGGCAGCUGCACGAGCGGAUAGCGAGCCAUAUCCCGCGUGACCUGGACACGCUUGAACACCUGGUGCUGCAGCACAAAGACUGGGAGGGGGCGCUGCACGCGCUGUCGAACGAUGUCGAGGAGGUGCAGAACACGUUCAGAGGCAUUGCACUAAAGACACCGGCGAUGAAGAAGAGCCUCGACAAGGUGAUGGGCAAGUGGAACGACAUGCAGUCCAAGAGCCAGCUGUUUGUUGAGAGACUGAAGUUCGUGGAGAUAGUAGUAAACAGUAUGGAGGAGAAUCACCAGACGAUCUCAGAAUUUGAGAUCAAGCUGGCGCAGUUCAACGACCUGCCCAAUGACGUCGAACUGCUUAAAGACAUGCACGAAGACCUGCUCCGCAUGCAAGUAGCAGUCAGCAAGCAGCAGAUCCAGGUGGAUCAAAUGAACGACGACGCUGAGAACUGCAGGCGUCUGGUGCAGAGCUCCCGGGAAACGCUGCCACACUCCUCGCUGCCGAGGGCCGGCAAGCAUAUCGAUCUGGAGAGGCUGGACAAGGAGGUCUCUCAAUUGAAUAACAGGUGGAAUGGCGUGUGCACACAAUUGGCUGAGAGACUACGAAGCUGCGAAGCCGCCUACCAGCUCCUGCGUAACUACAACGCCGGCCUGGAGAAGGAGGCAGAAUGGAUCGACGACACAUACAACAAGCUGCAAGCCCAGCCUCCCAUCGAAGUCAGGCCCAAAGAGCAGUUCGAACCCACCAGGAAUCUACUGACAAGCGUUGUGGAGAGGACGCCUAAGAUCGAAAAGGUUAACGUUGACGGUGGAAGAUUCAUAAGAGAGGCGAAGAUACACUCGUCACGAUGCCAGCGGUACUCGGAAUGGCUGUGCGAGGAAGUCCAUCCGUCCCUGGACAUGAGGCAGCUGAAGCGCCAGGCCGACGUGCAGCAGGCGGAAAGGAUGAGGAGGCACGGCAUGAACGUGGAUCCUGAGAGGGUUCCCGUGGGAGCGGAGAGCGUCGCGAGGGAGUUGGACGAGCUUAAUGCGAAGUAUCAGAGGCUGCUGGAUAUGUUAUAUGAAAGGCUGAGGAGGAUAGCAGCGGCCAAUCCAGGAGAUAUUGUUACGCUGCGUCUCGUGGAGGCGAUGGCACCUCGCUCUGCGCGCUCUUUCCGCCAGGAGUUCAACAUGCAAGAUCUGACCACAGAGCACACCUACACCACACACUAUACCUCUGAGAAAUAUGUGCGAACGUCACACACAACAGAAAUGGACGGGCAAACGCCACACAAAUCGAUGGCCAAUGGUAAGCUUACCUCGCCCACGUACGCCACCAAGACAGUAAUACCGGAAGACGAUAGACCAGACGUGAGGAAACUGAAGCGCGUGCACAGAAUGUACGAAGGCCCGAACAUUAUCGAAUCCAGAGGUAUAGUCCACCCAGAGACCAGGGAAAUUCUGACUGUGGGUCAGGCCAUAAGCAUGAGGAUACUAGAUGUCAGAACGGGAAGGCUUCUCUCCUCCCCUGACACGAGACAAACGAUCACAAUCGAACAAGCGGCACAAGAAGGUCUAAUUGAUCCUAAACUAGCCGCCAGAUUAACAGGACCCUGCGGAAUGACUGAAGACGGCAAUGAGGUCACAUUGCUUGAAGCGAUACAAAGAGAACUGUACGAUGCUGAGCAAGGACUUACAGACCCGGCGGAGAAGAGAAUUAAGGUAACUGUCGAAGGAGACGCGCCGGGACAAGGAAUGAGUAUAUCGGACGCGUUGAAUCGCGGACAAGUUGAUUUACAGAGAGGACUCUACAGGCUGCCUAAUGGUAGCUAUAUCACCAUCGCAGAGGCCUACCAGAGGGGCUACCUCAUUUACAACGAGAUUAUAAAAAUCAAAUCGAGCGCUCUGUCUCUCUCAGACGCGAUCAGUCAAGAAUUAGUUGACAAUAGCGGUUGGAUUUUGGACAGGAAUUCGGGCGAGAAAUUCCAAAUAGACGUGGCUAUCGAAAAUGAAUUGAUUAAUCCGAAUAUUAGAGAAAUCGUUGAUCCCAAAAACGAUACAAAAAUAACGCUUGCUGAAGCUAUUGAGAAGAAUAUUAUCAAUGUUAAAAUCUCUAAAUACGUACACAACGUGACUAAAGAAAAAUUCACUUUCAAAGAAGCGGCGGUUAAGAGGUAUAUUUGUAAACCUAUGACUCUUAAAGACGUGUGCGAUAAUAAUCUCAUGACGAAUGACGGUAAGAUCUUAUCUCCAGCUAAUAGGGUUCCUUUGAAUAUCCUUGAAGCUAUUUCGGUAGGCGUUCUUGAUAGUGACAGUGUUAAAUGUAUCACGGAUACGACAACCGGCCAGCUUCUGACUUUAUCAGAAGCUCUAGCUAACAAAAUCAUCCUCCAUGAUAACAAAUUCAGGGAUAACUUGACGGGAGAAAUUUGUACUGUUCCCGAGGCGGUGGACCGCGGUCUUAUCACUUCUGUAUCGCAAAGAUCCAUUUUCGACAUAGACGGAUUUAGGGAUCCCAAGACAGGCGAAUUUAUUUCAUUCAAUUUAGCCUUAAGCAAAGGUAACUACAAAUACGCGAACGGCGAGACUUUUCUUAAAUCCGAAAGCGGUGAUUUCGUGUACUUAGAAGAUUGUACUAAGGUAGCGAUUGUUAGGCCAGAGGUCUUAGAAAUGUUCAAUAGAAAGAUAGGCGUUUAUGAAAACGGCAAAGAGCUGUCAGUGCUUGAUGCUGUUUUCAAAAAUAUUCUCGAUCCCAAAACGGGACAUUUACUUGACGCUACGACUAAAAAGCCCAUUCCAUUUAACAAAGCUGUUGAGAUUAACAUGAUUACGCCCGAAGGUGCUGCUCUGCUUAAUUCUCUUUUAAACAUUACUUUGACGUUACAAACGGUGACAAAGACUGUAAAGCGAUACGUCACGGUAACUAAUACUAGCGCUACACAGAGAUCCGAGACCAUUAUUACGUUUGCUGAAGCAAUAAGGCGUGGAUUGAUUGACGAGAAUACACAAACAUUCACAGAUCCUACUACAGGAACCGUAUUCCCAAUCCAACAAGCAUUAGACGAAGGUUUAUUAGGCGUGGAGAAGAACGAACCCCGCGUGGUACACAUUUCCGAUCGAGUAAGCAAAAAAGACAUAAUCCCCGGUCAGGUGGUUGAACUGAAAAUAACUAAAAAGUCAUUCAUAAAAGACAUGCCUCCUAGUCCUGAAAGUAAAGUGGAACGUGAUAGUCGUCCGGAGACGGUUAAAAGCCCAGAUUAUACCAUUCGCGAAAUAUCCCAACCUCGGGAAGGCCUUCAUGAGAUUAGGACUAUCACCACAAAGUCUGUGGUAACUGAACCAACAGUUACCUCAAUGACUAUUAAGAAAAAUACUAUAGAACUGCCAAGUGGUGGAUGGACGCUCAAAGACGCUAUACAACAAAACCUCUUUGAUCCGUCCACUGGCAUGUUAGUUAUUCCAGGCACAGACAGGAUUUUAGACUUGGAAGAGGCGGUCAAACUUAACAUUAUUAACCCGGAAUCAGUUAAGGUUCUAGAUCCAAAAACUAGAAAGGAAGUUCCGUUAGAUAAAGCUCUUGAAUUGCGUAUUAUUGAUAAUGUAGGACGGUAUAAGUACAUUACAGAGACAAUAACCAUGGUAGAAGCUAUCGAACGUAAAUAUAUUAUUUUCAUUCACCUGAUCAAAUCAACGUCUUCCCAAAAGGUAAUAACUAUUACGUCAGUAGCUGGCAUGCCGGACAAAAUGGAAAUUUCUGAAAUGACAGACAUUCCUCAGGAUGCUACGUCAGAAGAUCAAUCUGCUUUAGAACCCGUCCAAGUAGCUCACGGGGUUAUCUUUGAUCCUUCAACUGCGUUAGUCAUAUCUACCACCUCCGGUGUGUCAGAAAACAUUCUAGAGGCUGUAGACCGCGGAGUAGUUCCUUACAGUUCGGUGAAAGUAGUCGAACCCAACACUGGCAGGGCAAUUACACUCAAGGAAGCGAUGAAUAGAGGAAUAGUUGAUAAUAGAACAGGGGAGUACAGGGAUAGUUCGGGUAAGAAAAUAAGUUUAGUAGAUGCAGCCAAAGUAGGUCUCUUGGUUGUAGUAGGAGCGCCAUUAGUCGCAGCUACUAAAGUUAUUCAGGUAGUUAAGAGUACCAUGGUAGUAGACCCGCAAACCGGCGAGAAUAUACCAAUGGAAGUCGCUUUCGAACGUGGUUUGGUCGACGCCGCCACAUACAAAAAAUAUGAGGAAUCUAUUCGUGACAGAACACCUGAAACUGACUCAGAACAUGACGUAAAGACUACUGUAACUGAAAAAGUAACAGUUUCCCAAUACACUACAACGACCUCUCCUGCAGGAACCACCACUGUAACGGUCGUCGUUGACCCGGUCACUGGUGAGAGAUUGCCUAUAGAAGUGGCGUAUGAGAGAGGACUCAUUGAUCCUAUCUCUUACAAGAAAUAUGAGCUAUCUGUCAAAGACAGGUCGCCAGAAACCGCCACCUAUCAGGAUAUAAAAUCUCCCAGUACCAGCUCAGUAACCUUCACGCAGGUUACUAAAUCCACACCUGAAACCGUGGUGACGACAGUGAUGGAUCCCAGGACGGGGAAACAAAUUUCAAUGGAUGUUGCGUUUGAACGUGGUUUGAUUGACGCUGCCACUUACAAAUUGUAUAAAGAAUCUAUCGAAAUUGUACCUGGGUCGGCGAAAACUGCUCCCGGUACCAGCACUGUUACCAUUUCCCAAACUACUUCUAAACCAUUGUCGGUUGGCGCUGCUGUAUCUGAAGGAUUCAUUACAGUGGAAGCCAUACAAAAUAGCUUGUCUGCUGAAAACAGAAGACCUAUCGAGGCAAUCACGGCCGAAAAGAAGGCACGUCCUUCUGACGUCAUUCAAAUUAUCAAAACCAAUAUCAAACCUAAAUAUAAAAUCAAUAUCGCUAGGGAAAGUACCCCUGAAAGACCAAUCCUAGAGAGUAAGCCUAUCGUCUUACAGAAACUUAGGAAGCGCGUAAUGACGCCUCAGGACGCUUUAGAAAAAUGUUUACUUGAUAAGGAAACGGCUAAAGUGCUUGAGGCUGUUAAAAUAUAUAAAGAUGAAAAUGGUUCUCCCAUCACAUUAGGUAGGGCAAUCGAAAUAGGUUUGGUCGAUGAAAAUAAGGGUAAAAUCACAGACCCAGUACGCGGAGACAUUGUUACUAUAAAAGAGGCGUUGAAACGAGGAAUUCUAGAUGCUGAUGGUCAAGACGAGGUGUUAAUUCCCUUGGCUAGAGCUCUUUCGAUUCCAGAAGUUCUCGAACAGGGUUUGUUAGAUCCUGUAACAGGUAAAAUCAUUCAUCCCGAAACCGGUAGUCUUCUGACAUUAAGAGAAGCUAUUAUUUGUGAAAUUGUAGAUCCAUUAACUUCCGUGAUUGUCGCUCCCGGUAAGAAAGUAACACUUGAAGAAGCUAUUGAACGUAAUCUCAUUGAUAAUGAUAAAAACGUAGUUAAGACUACCGACGGUCCAUUAGAUUUAGUCGCUGCUGUCAAUGCUCGGGUAUUCCCCGAAACAGAACCUCUGAAGUCAUUUGAAGAGAUACCCCCCGCCGCAAUGACUCUUAACAUUGCCAUUAAAAAACACCUCAUCAAUCCCCAUACUGGUGAAAUAAAACACCCACUCACAAGCGAAAUCAUUCCUUUGGAUGAUGCUGUGAAACGUGAUUUGAUUAUGGCUAUACCUUAUCCUCAAUCGUCACAGACUGUAACAUUAGAGAAAGCUCUUGAAACAGGUGCUGUCAAUCUCAAACACGCUACAUUUACACGACCUGAUACUCAAGAAGUUAUUCCUAUUGACAAAGCUCUAGAAGAAGGUCUGCUGGCGGUGAAACCAAGCAUUGACAGUGGCGUCGUUACAACAAUCACAGAGACCUUUACGUCUCAACACACAAUUACUACCAAAAUGAUAGAAUUGCUUGCGGAUUACGUUUUAGUUAGUGCUCAUGAGGUUAAGAAUACAAAAACCGGUGAAAUUAUUUCUAUGGAGGAAGCCCGUCGGAAGGGCAUAGUCAGGGAUGAACAAACAAGCAAAGAACAGUUUAUUACAAGCGAUACAAACAUAAGUUUCGAGGACGCUCUCAAUCUCGGAUACAUUAAUAUCGAAGCGGGAACCUUCACUCACCCGAACACAGGCGAGACUGUCAGUAUAUCUGAAGCAGUUAGUAGCGGAAUAUUAAACACUGAAGUUCCAUCUGAUUCCGGUAAAUCUUCUCCUAAGCGGAAAGAACUGGAAAUGUUGGACCUUAACGAAGCAUUUGAAUUGUUGUUUGAUGACAAAACACAGAAAUUCAGGGAUCCUAAAUCGCCUAAUAAAGUUAUUACAUUCAAGGAAGCCCUUGAAAGAAACGUCAUUAAUCCGGAAUCUGUAAUAUACAAUGUUGAAGCGGGAAAACCAGUUACAUUGCAACAAGCACUAGAUACUGGAUUAAUUGAUAAGAAGACCGGUAAGCUGAAGGAGCCUAAAACCGGCAAAUCGGUGGAUAUCAAAAAUGCUGCUAAGAUGGGCUUGAUUGCUGUAGUUGCAGCUCCAGUUCUGGCUGGAAUGGCGGUUGUUCAAGGUGCAAAGACUGUAACCAGUAAGAUAAUUCAACCUAAACCUGAAAAGGCAAUCGAAGCACCAAGCAAAAUAGUUCCGGCUGAUAAGAUUGUUAAGCAUGAUGUCAUUACACCAAAAGAAAAGCCUGGAGUUACUAAACCGGGCCAAGUAGAACCUGUCAAAGAGCAUAUAAUUAAAUCCACAGUUAUUGAAAAGCCCUCCAAGGUGGAGCCGCUUAUACCUAUCGCAAGUAAGAAAGAUAUACAAACAAUUGCUCCAAAAGAAGUUCUCGAAGAUGUACCAGAAAAAGAACUUACGAAGCAGAAACGUAUUGUAAAAGAAGAGAAAUUAGUAUCAGAUACAAUUAAAUCGGUUACGGACUUACUUCACUCAGAAACCCAGGCGUCUGCUAUCGAACAGAGAACUAUUGUAAGAGAAUCUAAAUUUCCUAUCGAUUUAUCUGAUGUUGAUAAAAUUAAACCUGCUGACAAAAAGGAUACAAAACCAGUCGUACAAGAAUUCCGACGAGUCACACCCGAAGGUGAAGAAAUUGUCACAAUCCUCAAAAAGUCCAUUUCAAUACCUUUUGGUACGUCAGACGACGAAAUAGCUCCAAAAUCUGAAGUUACGAAAGCAACUGAAGAAUUACCAUCUCAUACGCAAAUAGGAAAACCACAUCCUACUCUGCAGGUAGAAGACGCAAUUGUAAAAGAUAUGUCCGAGGAGACCAAAGAGAAACUACCGAAAGGAGUUGUCACACCCUCAGAUAAACAAAGGCCUGUUCAAGAAGGAACAACAAUUCAGGAGAUCCGUGAGACUACACCAGAUGGUGAAGUUACAACAAUAAUAAAAAACAUUGUUACAACAUCUGAACCUACACAAUAUGUUACAGAACAUAAGAGCACUGUGACGACUACAACAUCGUCUAAAUUUACUACAGUUGAAAUUAGUCAAGAUGGCUCUAAAUCUUACGUUGUCACUGAAGAAACCACUGAUCCACGAGAUGUUAGCGAAACAAUUCUGCAAGGUGAACAAGUGCAUCUUAUUAAGACUCCUGAUGAAACAGACAGAGUUGAUGUGAAACCAACGCAAUUGGUUCAAGAAAAAUCACCUGUCAAAGAAGUUCUGACACUCGACAAACCCGUUAAAGAGCAACCAAAAGAUAAAACUAGUCAAUCUAAACCUGAUUCCCUGAAACAGCUAACUCCCGAAACUGAUAAAGUCCCACAAACGGUCAUCGAAGUAGCACCAGGAUUACUUUAUGACCCUAAAACAUCAGAUGUUAUUUCAGCUACUACAGGUGAAACUGCCGACUUACUCGAGGCUGUAAACAAAGGAAAUAUACCUUCUGAAAAUGUUAAAGUCAUAGAACCUACAACAGGUAAAGAAAUAACAUUAAAAGAGGCAAUUAAGAAAGGUAUCGUUGAUGAGAAGACCGGAGAAGUUAAAGAUAAAUCUGGAAAGAAAGUAACUGUUGCAGAUGCUGCUAAGAUUGGACUUAUAGCUGUGGUUGGUGCACCUAUCUUGGCUGCUACUAAAAUAAUUGAUGUUGUAAUGAGCGCAGUUACCGAUCCUAAGACUAGCGAAAAGGUAAUAAAGGAAACAGUUACUAAAUCGGGUACACAGUAUGAUGAAUACAUAACGGUACAUACUUCAAGAGAUGUGUCGACAUCUGAAGUGACUGAAGUAGUUAGGAGCUUUGUGAUUAUAGACCCGAAGACAGGUGAACAAGUACCAAUCGAAGAAGCUCAUGAACGUGUUCUUGUUGAUCCUGAAACCUAUAAGGAAUACCAACAAAUUACACAAGCUCAGAGGCCCGAUGAGCUAACUACUACAAAGGUGAGUGAAGUGGUUAGAACUAUUUAUAUUGAAGAUCCAAAGACAGGAGAAAAGGUACUCAUAGAGGAAGCUCUGGAACGCGGUAUUAUUGACGAAGAAACUUACAGAGAAUAUAAGGAGGCUGCUAAGAGCACCACUCCCACUGAAUCAGUGACAACGAAAGUUACUGAACUAGUAAAGACUGUCAUCAUAGACCCGAAAACAGGAGAAAAAGUACCACUAGAAGAGGCUCUAAACCUUGGUAUUAUCGACGAAGAAGCUUACAAACAAUAUCUAGAAGCUGCCAAAACAGGUUCACCUACUAAGAUAACGAAAUACACAGAAUUGGCAACAACUCUCAUUGUGGAUCCGAAGACGGGUGAAAAAAUUCCAUUAGAGGACGCUUUAAAACAAAGACUUAUAGAUGAAGAAACUUACAAACAAUAUAAAGAUGUUAAGUCUUCCCAAGAAUUGGAAUCCACUGCUGCUCAACUUAUAAAGACUGUUAUAGUAGAUCCAAAAACAGGCGAAAAAGUACCUCUAGAAGAGGGUUUAAGGCGUGGUCUUAUUGAUGAAGAAACGUAUAAACAAUACAAAGAAGUUUCUAUAAUAAGCUCGCCAUCAAAAUCGACGACGACGGUUACGGACCUCGUAAAAACAGUAAUUGUAGAUCCUAAAACAGGGGAAAAGAUACCUUUAGAAGAAGCUGUAAACCGCGGUCUUAUUGACGAAGAAACAUAUAAGCAAUACCAAGGCGUUACAAUCACUGGCACUCGCACAGACACGGUUACUACACAACUAACAGAGUUCGUUAAAACCGUUAUUGUAGACCCCAAGACAGGAGAAAAGCUACCCUUAGACGAAGCUCUAAAUCGGGGAUUAAUUGAUAAAGAUACUUAUGAACAGUACAAGGCAACUGAGAAAACAAUGACUCCAUCAGAAUCAGUGACGACUAAAGUAACGGGUGUUGUAAAAACUAUUGUAUUUAUUGACCCAAAAACCGGCGAAAAAGUUGAUAUAGAAGAAGCUCACAAACGCGGACUUAUUGAUGAAGAUACGUAUAAGCAACACAAAGAUGCUAUCAUUACUGAGUCGCCAACAAAGAUUAGUAAAAUCACUGACGUUGUAAAAACUGUUAUCAUUGUAGAUCCAAAGACCGGUGAAAAGGUGCCUCUAGACGAUGCUCUUCAACGAGGUCUUAUCGACCAUGCAACUUAUAAACAAUAUCAAGAAUCGACCAAAGCUGGUACGCCUCAAGACUUUGAAAUCAAAACAUCAGACGUUAUUAGCAGCGUUCUUAUUGUGGAUCCUAAUACCGGUGAAAAAGUACCUUUGGAUGAAGCUCUUAAACGAGGCCUCAUUGACCCAGAUACGUAUGAGCAAUACGUAAAGGCUGCGGAAGCUGGAACGUCGGAAGCAAUUAUGGGUGUAACUGAAGUCAAGAAAGCAAUUCUUAUAGUAGAUCCCAAGACUGGAGAGAAAAUACCUAUCGAUAAGGCGCUUGAACUCGGCUUAAUAGACUUUGAAACAUAUGAAAAAUUCGUUAAUGCUGCAAGCGGAGAUGAACCAUCUGAUUUGAGUAUACCAAUGACUACAGAAGUAGUGAAGACGGUUUUGGUGGAAGAUCCAAAAACGGGUGAGAAGAUCCCAUUAGAAGAAGCCGUUAAACGAGGAAUUAUUGAUGAGCCAACUGGUAAGAAGGUUGAUGAAGCUAUCAAAGCAAAUGUUCCUGAAGACCAGCUAGUUAAAAUGAUUCCUAGAGGUAUAACAUUCACCCAGGAGGUUGUCGAACGCCAUGUAACAAGUAAAACAAUUACACGACCCGGUGAAAUAGUCAUCACCGAAACAACGCAAAUAAGGCCCACUAUCACUGAAUCUAUAACAACAGUCGAACAAAAAGUGCUAGAGUUUGAAGGUCCAACACACACUACCAUUCACGAUGGAAAAACAGUGUCCGCUAUGCUCAUUGAUGCGGAAAGGCAGCCUCUUAGAAUUAUUGACGAAAUUACCGAACAAAACGUAACCAAAGAAAAGGCUAUUCCCGUAAAGCCUUUGUACGAGAACAUUCCGCUUAUUGAUGCUAUUGCUCAGGGUAAAAUAGAACCUAAAGUUUGUAGAAUCAUUGUCAACGGUGUGGAGUCGCCUCUAACUGUUCAAGAUUCUUUGGAACAAGAGCAAAUAAGCCGAUUCUCUCCCGUUGACGUCAUGUCAAAGAACUGCGUUGUAUUACGGGAGUCCAAACCAUCUUAUUGCGUUGCUAUUUCACAUAGGCUUACCCCAGAAGAGUUAUCGGAGAUGGGUGUGUAUGACAUAGAAAAAGGCAUAUUCUUGAAUCCCGAGACUGGUGCUAAGAUAUCAUUUGAGGAACUCGUUUACGGCUUACAAAUUUUCGACCCCGAAUCCAUUUUAGUGAAAGAUUUAGGUUCCAAAUCUGACAAUUAUAUCACUUUCGACGAAGCCAUCGCUAGGCCCAUCAUAGACAAAACCACCGGUCACAUGGUCAAUCCUAAAACAGGCAAACGCGUGCCUUUCCUAGAAUGUAUACAGUUAGGUUGGAUAGUAGAGAAACCAGAAGACGUUUCGGUCCCGGAACAGGUCACGAUAGAAUCAGCUUUCGAACAAGGCAUUUACAACCCUAAGACAUUAGAAAUCACUGACGUAAAGACAGGCGAAUUAGUGCCUAUUGGUAAAGCCGUCGAAAAGGGACUCGUAGACCAAGAAUCAUUGUUGGUCCGGGUACCACGCACUAAUGAAGCCAUUCCUUUGUCAGACGCCAUCGACCGUGGUGACGUCAAAAUUGAAGAAGGCGUGAUAACUGUAACUGAAACACGCGAAGUAGUAGAGGUAUCGGUUGCUAUCAAACGUGGUGUAAUCAGCAUUUCGCGCAGAGCCAUCUCCAUUGAAGCCGUUAUUGUCAACGAAAUGUACGAAUCUAAGUCGGGCAAGAUCAUUGACAGAAUGACUGACCAAAUGGUCACAGUAGGUGACGCUGUUGAUAGGAAUAUUAUUCAUCCCACUAUCUCAGAAAUUAAAGAUACGGCUUCAGAGAAGUUUGUUUCGCUGGCUGAAGCUUUAGAUAAACGCAUAAUUGAUCCUGAAACUGGUAGAGUUAGAGACAUAAAGACUGGUAAAGACAUUCCAUUAGACGAUGCACUGAAGAAGGGUUUGGUUGCUACAAAAGCGGUCACCUUCUCUUUGUUUGAUAUUAUUGAAUUAGGCUAUUACAACCCAGAAACGGGCAAAAUUCUGAAUCCCAAGACUGGUAAGAUUAUUUCUCUUAAGCAGGCCAUUGACGAGAACCUUGUAGAUCCCACUGACGUGACAGUCAAAGACGAUAAAACUGAAUCAGUUGUGCCGUUUGACCAAGCUGUAAAAUCUGGUUUGGUAGACUUAGAACAAGGCAUUAUCACUUCUCCGGUUACCAAUCUGAAAGACGCCCUUGAUAAGGGAUACCUCUUGAGUGACAAGAAGCCUUGGACCCUACAAGAAGGUUUGGUUCAAGGUAUUUAUGACCCUGAAACUGGUCUUCUGACCAUCAACAACAAGACCAUGACUCUCGAUGACGCUAUUAAGAUCGGUAAUAUUGAUCCAGAAGCAUUGACCAUUAGGAACUCUGUGACUGGAGAAAUUAUUACUUUAGCAGACGCAAUUAAAAUAGGUAUUAUUGAUUCUAGGGAAGGUAAAUUCAAAGAUCCCAUACAUGGAAAUAAGAUUUCGCUCACGGACGCCUCGGAACGUGGCUUAAUUCUACCAGCCAAGCGUAAACUCAGUUUGCCCGAGGCUGUUUUUAAAGGCUUUUACGAUCCUAAAACAGGCAAAUUCACACAUCCUCAAAGUAAGGACAAGAUCCAAAUGGAUAGGGCUAUAAGGAAGCGUAUGAUUGAUCCACAAUCCACGUUAGUGCACGUCGCAGGGAAAGUCUUGCCGUUCGAAUUCGCUGUAGACAGGGGAAUAAUUGAUAGUAGAACAGGUACAAUCUUGCUAGGUGACGAAAAAGUAGAUUUCCGUGAAGCGUUUGAAAGAGGUAUUCUCGUAGAGGUCCGCAAACCUCUGUCACUGGUCGAAGCUAUCGAUAAAGGUGUGUACAACGAAAUUACCGGCAUGUUCAUGGACCCACAGAGUGGCAAGAAAUACACUCUCGCUGAGGCUAUAAGGCUUAACCUUAUCGAUGCUCACUCAGUUCACAUCCAAGACAACAGGUUAGGCAAAUGGGAUAAGAUCACCCUCCCAGAAUCCCUUGAAAGCGGUGUGAUUGACGACCAAACUGGUAAAAUUAGGAAUAUUAACAAUGACAAUGAGGAGAUUACGUUACGUAAAGCGUUCGAAAUAGGUCUGUUAGUAGAUAGCAAAGCUCCUAUCAGCCUUCAGAGAGCGUUACACCAAGGAUUAUAUGACGAUACUACAGGCAAAAUCAUUGAUCCAGCCACCAACCGUAAAAUCACCCUGCAUGAGGCAAUUAGGCGGUCUAUUAUUAGUCCCAAAUACCUUUGCUAUUUCGACAAGAAGUCUGAAAAACCUCUAUCUCUGGCAGAAUGUUGUCGUAGCGAGAUUAUUGAUAGGAGAAGUGGCAAGUUCCACGAACCAGGGUCUGAUGUCCAAAUUCCUCUGUCUGAGGCGAUGAGUUUAGGCCUUAUAGUAGACAUUGAAAGCGCAAGUUUCACUUUGUAUGAGACACUAGCGAUGGACAUGUACGAUAUUACUGAGCUCGUAUUUGUACAUCCAGUAAGCGAAAGAAAGAUCUCACUUAAGACAGCCAUCGAAGAGGAAUUAGUCAAUCCUCAAACAUCCUUAGUCAAACACAUUCCUUCGAGCAAAUACAUUAAAUUAGACGAAGCUAUUCAAAGCGGUAUUAUAGAUGAUGAAAAUAACGUUUACGUUCUACCUAACGGUAAUCAAAUCAAUUUAUUAGACGCUAAACACCGCGGCCUUAUUGUCACUACUAAGAAAAAUCUGAGCCUCGAAGAAAUUAUAAGGAAUGGUUUGUUCCGAGCCGACAACGGCAAGAUCGUUGACCCUAACACUAACGAGUUUGUUGACAUCAACAAGGCUAUUGAAAUUGGGCUUCUAAAUCCUGAAUCGACGGUUGUCAAGGAUAGCUUUACGAAUAAAUUCAACCCGUUGCCGUUGGCUAUUCAACGCGGUGAUGUAGACGUUGCUAAGGGUAGAGUCUUAGACACUAAAGCAAAGAAAACAUUCAGCUUAGACAUUGCGUUCGAUAAAGGACUUCUAGUUACCGUCAUUCAGCCAAUUACAUCUCAAACGGUCACGCGACGUUACGUCACAGAUUCCGCCGCGUCCAAAGAACCUGUCUUCAGGGAAUUCACGUUAGACGAAGCCAUUAAAUACGAAUUUAUCGAUCCCGAAACUGCGGUUAUAAAAGACCCACACAAGAACAAAUACAUUCCAUUAAAAUUAGGUAUCUCUGAAGGUAUUAUCGAUAAAAACGCUAAAGGUUCGUUCGAUACUCAAAAUAGAGCGCGCGCUCUUUGCUUCGUAUUCGAAAACGGUUUGAUUGUGUACGUCCGCGAACCUCUUACGUUUGAGCAAGCGAUAGAAGAUGGUCAUCUUAAUGUAGCCACCGCGCGAUUUACUGAUCCACAUUCCAACGAAGUUUUAACGAUAAAGGACGCGACAUCACUAGGUUAUAUCGAUGCAGACACAGCGCUCAUCAAAGAUAAUCUCAAAAAGAGGUUAGUCAAACUCCCGGAGGCAUUCCGUAAAGGCCUCAUGGAUGCCGAGAAAGGCAACAUUCUCGACACAGAGACCUCUAAGCUACACACGCUGACAGCAGCGAUCGAGAGUGGCUUACUCAUGACGCCAAAGAAGAGCUUCAGUUUGAUCGAAACAGUCAAUUUCGGUAUAUACAAUCCUACUACUGGAGCACUGAACGAUCCGUUUAUAACCACAAGCGUCAUGGACAGAAAGAGGUUGAGUUUAGGCGAGGCGAUCCAGCAAGGAAUCGUUGACGCGUCUAGCACUGUCGUCAAAGACCCCGAAACAGGAAAGAUAUGGCCAUUGGUACAAGCUAUCGAACAGAAACUGGUCGAUCCUGUGGAAGGAAAGCUCAUUAUUGAUCCGACCAAAGGAAUCAGUCUCGAUUUAGUCAAAGCUCUGAAGAAGGGAUACUUGCUGCCAGCAGAAACGAGGCAAGCAGUAGAAGAGAAGUACAGGCUUUGCGAUGAGACUCUGUCCAAACUGCUGGAAUGGAUCGCCGUGGUUGAAGAAAGGCUCGCCAACCAAGAGGCAGUCAAGGAAGAUAUAGACGAACUGCGCAAUCAAAUCAACAUACUGAAGCUCAUCAAGGAUGACCUGGAGAGCCACCAACGCCAGGUGUCAGCGUGUGCCGACCAGGCUAAACAACUGCUGGUGUCUGGCGGCGACGUGCUUGCUCCUCAUGAGGUGGCGGCACUGGAGCGCGGCGUGCGGCAGCUGAAGCAGCGCUGCGACAAGUGCGCGGACAAGUGCGACAAGAUGCUGCGCCGCCUCGCCGCCGCCAGGGACGAGCUCGGGAAGUUCACAAACGAAAUGAACACCUUCAACACAUGGAUGGAGGGAGCGUACCGCACCCUCGAGGAGAAGGAGUCAGCCCUCUCCCGGCUGGACAACCUCGCCGGCCAGACCGAAGAGGUGCGGGAAUUCGUUUCUGACGUCAUCGCGCAUCAGGCUGACCUUCGGUUCAUCACCAUGUCGGCCCAGAAGUUUGUCGAUGAGAGCAAGGAGUUCCUGUCGCUGCUGAACGAGUACCGCACGAGCCUGCCGUCGCGGCUGUCGCACGUGGCGGCGCGCGGCGAGGGCGCGGUGCGCGCGGAGGCCACGCGCGCGCGCCGCGCACACGCCGAGCUCUGCGCGCGCGCCGAGCGCCUGCAGGAGCGACUGCGCGCCGCCGCCGACGUCUCGCGCCACUACCACGACGCGCUCAGCCGCGCCACCCGGUGGAUCAACGAGAUCGAGCCGCAGGUCCGCACAGUACUAUCAGAGCCGGUGGGCGGCGAACCAAAAGCUGUGGAGACGCAGCUGUCCAAAGCCAAGACACUGCACAACGAGAUCCUGGCGCAGGGACGGCUUAUCGACAACGCUAAGGAUGCAUGCGAGCAGCUCCUGAAGUCUCUAGAAGGCAGCCUGACCGCCGCGGAGCUGCGCCAGCUGGAGGCGCCGGUGCUGGAGCUGGCGGCGCGGCACGCGCGCGCGGCCGACGCGCUGGGCGCGCGCUGCGCCGAGCUCGAGGCCGCGCUGCUGCAGUGCCAGGGGCUGCAGGACGCCGUCGAGACGCAGGCGCACUGGCUCGCGCAGGCAGACAACUUGUUCAAGAACCAAUACAAGCCGGCAUCUCUGAUCCGCGAGCGGCUGGACGAGCAGGUCCGCGAGCAGCGCAUAGCGCACGCGGAGCUGGAGGCGCGGCGCCCGACGCUCGGCAAGCUGCUGGCGAGCGCACGCGACGCCGCGCUCACGCCCUCCAACGCACGGAUCGCCAAGAAACUCGAACAGAGAGCUGAGGAUAUUUACGCCAGAUACGAGAAACUUCUAGAGAAGUCGAUUAAGCGCGGCCAGUUCCUGGACGAGGUGUCGGUAGAGCUGAUGCAGUUCACGCAACAAGCCGCCACACUGGACGCGGCGCACGCGCAGCUGGUCGAGCAGGCAGACGGCAGGGAACUCGCCAGGAUGUCUGCCGAGGAGCUACGCGCCAGACUCGAUGACCUGGCUCAUUACAGAGACAAACAAAUGCCACUCCUGGAGGAAUGUCUGCGUAACGGCAAACAACUGAUCGCGAAGAAGGACAUUACGGACACGCACGUCAUUCGAGACAAGAUAAAGGCGUUGGAGAACCAAUGGCGUGACUUCAACACCACGUUAGAAGAGAAACAGAAGUUGUCGAAGCAACGAGCCGAGCAGCUGAACCAGUACGAAACUCUCAAAACACAGGUGCUGGAGUGGCUCCAGUCGAUGGAGAGCCGCGUGAACCGCCUGCAGCCUGUCGCUGUAGACCUGGAGGUGCUGAAGGGACAGCAGGACGAGCUGCGACCACUCGCCAAGGAGUACAGGGACUUCUCGCACACCAUCGAUAAGAUGAACGAGUCGGGCGCGGUGUACUCGGCGCUGACGCGCGGCGACCGCGCCGACAGUCCGCACCGCAAGCGGCAGCUCUACAGCCCCACCAAGAGACAGACGCCCAGUCGUACUCUUGACGGAAGGUCACCAUCUCCAGGUAAAGGCCACGGGCUGGUCAGUCCUGGGUCAACUCACUCCACGUCAAGCGGCUUCUCGUCGCGUCGCUCCAGCCAAGAUGGAUUCCACCUUGAAGAACUGUCUCCAGUACAGCAGCAGCUAUCGGAGAUCAACAACCGGUACAGCCUGCUCGGCACCAAGCUUACGGACAGACAAACCGAGAUCGACGCCAUCAGAGAAGAGAUCAGGAAGCACUUGGAGAGCUUCCGGUCGUUGCACAAUUUCUUGGAUAAGGUUCAAAGACAACUACCGAAAGAGUCGGUGCCAAGCACCAAGGAGGAGGCAGACAAGACCAUCAAACAGGCUCGCGCGGUCCUCGAGGAGAUGUAUGAGAAGCAGAGCAUCCUGGACUCUACCAAGACUCAGGUUCGCGAGUUAUUGAAACGCAAGCAAAGCGUGCAAGGCGCCGACCGUCUCCAUGAUGAGAUGGAGGACGUCGCCUCCAGGUGGAAGGCGCUGCACGACGCAUUCAAAGACAAGAUCAGGCUAAUGGAAGAGAUGAAGGACUUCCACGACACCUACAGCAACCUGUCUCAAUGGCUCAGCGCCAAGGAUCGCAUGAUGGCCGCCCUGGGCCCCAUCUCUACUGACUCCAGGAUGGUACACACGCAGGUGCAGCAGGUGCAAGUGCUCCGCGAGGAGUUCCGCGGCCAGCAGCCGCAGCUGUCGCACCUGGAGGAGGUGUCGGGCGCGGUGCUGGCGCGCCUCGACCCCGGCGAGCCGGACGCCGUCAAGCUCAAGCAGAAGGUCGCGGACCUGGUCGCCAGGUGGAACGACUUGUUGAACAAACUGGAAGACCGUGCCGCCAGCUUGGGUGCUGCGGCAGACACCUCUCGCGAGCUGGAUGCCGGCCUGGCGCGUCUUAGGGAUGCGCUGCAAGCCAUCGCUGACGGCUUGGAUGACCUGGCGCCCGACGCCGAGCCUGCCGACAAUCUUAGGAAUAUCGAGAACCUUGAACGCCAGCUGGAAGGACAGCGGCCCCUACUCGCCGAUCUCGAAGCAGCCGGGGCAACACUCGCGCAAGUACUGUCCGACCCCGCCUCGAGACAGGACAUACAGAGCAAGCUCACCGCAGUGGCGAGGCAGUACGACAACCUGCAACGGAAACUCGACCAUAGGAAGGCGGAGAUUGAGGCCGCUUUGAAGGACGGUCGCAACCUCGAAGAGAACGUAGCUCGCACGCUGGGCUGGCUCCAGGCCGAGCUGGGAGCUCUACCAGGUCGUCUCCAGGUGUCUGCUGACAGCACCGUGCUGCAGCAACAGCUGGAGCGGCAUGAACCGCUGUACAGAGAUCUUACGCAGAGAGAACAUGAGCUUAUUAUGCUGCUUGAUAAAGGUCGUGAAAUGGAGAAGAAACCUGCGCACCAGAACCUGCGCAAGGACCUCGAUCGCAUCCAAACACAAUGGGACAAACUCAAGCGCGAGACAGUCGACAGGCACACCAGACUGCAGACUGCUAUGGAACACUGCCGCAAGUUCCACAAAGCGCAAGAAUCAUUUGUCCCCUGGCUCUCUGACGCUGAAGACCGCCUCGCGAAACUACCCGACGCCGCCUUCACCAAGAAGGAGGUCGAGAAGCAGCUGCGAGAGCUGCAACAGAUCAGGAACGAUAUCUGGAAGAGGUCCGGAGAAUACGAGAACAACAAGACCCUGGGCGAAACGUUUAUAUCCUCCUGCGAUAUUGAUCAGGAGGUGGUUAGGAAACAGCUGGACAGCAUGAAGGAGCGAUGGGACAAGAUUAACAACGAGGUGCUCCGUCAAGUGGAGUUCCUUGAAGCAGCGGGUCGUAAGCUGGGUGACAUAGAAGAGCGCGUGCGCGCGGUGGACACGCCGCUGCAACGUUGCGAGCUGCGGCUACAGGACGCCCUCGCCGCGCCGCCUGCGCUCGCGCAUGACCACGUCGCCAGGGUCGCCGACCACUUGCACGCGUUGUUGGCGCCUAUCCAGAGCAUCACGUCGGCGACGGACGACAUCGUGUCGCUGGCGGAGGAGUGCCACGGCGCGGGCGCGGCGGCGCGGGCGCGCGCGCUGCUGGGGCAGCAGGUGCGCGCGCUGGCCGAGCGCCGCCUCGAGCUCGAGCAGCGCGCCGCGCGCGCGCGCGACCAGCUCGCCGCCGCCGCCAGCGCCAUGGCGCACUUCCAGGACAAAGUCAAGAACCUGUCAGUGGACCUGUCAGACCUGGAAAAAGAACUGGACACGAUGAAGCCACCAGGCCGCGAUAUCAAGACAGUCAAGCAACAGCUUGAAGACAUCGCUCGGUUCUACAAACAGCUGGAGCGAGCUGACGACCUGAUCGCUGAUGUCGAGAGAGACGCUGAGAGCUUGGAUGAGAGCGGACACACUGUCGACUCUACGAAGACCAGAGAUCAGGUGGAAGGGCUUCGCAAACAGCUGGCCAAGCUGGACGAACGCGCCCGCUCCAAGGAGCAAGACCUGGACGACACCCUCAGCAAGCUGGAGGCGUUCUACAAAGCCUACGACUCCGUCAUGGAUGACGUCGACGAGGCCGCUGAACAAGUCCGCAGCCUGAAACCGGUAUCCUCAGAGGUGGAGCAGAUCAGAGCCCAACAGAAAGACUUCGCUGAGUUGAAGAAACGUACUCUAGAGCCCCUGGGCCAGAACGUCACGCACUGCAACAAGAUCGGGCAGGCGUUGGUGCGAUCGGCACUCCAGGGGGCGAGUACACAGACCCUCGAGAAGGAUCUGGAGAAGAUGAAUGACAAGUGGAACGCGCUCAAGGAGAAGAUGAACGAGCGCGAACGUCGUCUCGACGUGGGUCUGCUCCAAUCGGGCAAGUUCGCUGAAGCACUCGCCGGGCUGGAGAAGUGGCUCGCCGACACUGAAGACAUGGUCAACAACCAGAAACCGCCAUCGGCUGAUUACAAGGUUGUCAAGGCGCAGUUGCAGGAGCAGAAGUUCCUCAAGAAGAUGCUGAUGGACCGUCAGAACUCGAUGUCGUCUCUCUUCGCGAUGGGUAACGAGGUAGCGACAGGCUGCGAGUCUGCAGAACGCAAGACCAUAGAGAAGCAGCUCAAGGGGCUCAUGCAGAGGUUCGACGCGCUCACCAACGGCGCGCAACAACGGAUGCUUGACUUAGAACAGGCGAUGAAGGUGGCGAAACAAUUCCAAGAGGAAUUGCAGCCCUUGGUGGAAUGGCUCAGCACCACCGAACGUAAGGUGAAGUCCUUAGAGCUGGUGCCCACUGACGAGGAGAAGAUACAGCUCAAGAUCAGGGAGCACAAGGCACUGCACGAAGAUAUACUGUCAAAGCAGCCUGCAUUCAAACAACUCACGGAGACAGCUUCCAUCCUCAUGGGCCUGGUCGGAGACGAUGAGGCGACGGCUUUAGCUGAUAGACUGCAAGCCGCUACCGAUAGAUACCAAACCCUAGUCGACCACAGUCUCACCAUCGGUGAUCUCUUGGAGAACUCCCGCAAAGGUCUCCGGCACCUGGUGCUCACCUACCAGGAUCUGUCCGCCUGGAUGGACGCCAUGGAACAACACCUGGCGAAACGCAAGAUCCUGCCAGUGCAUAUGGAGAAACUGCUGAGACAGAUGGACGAGCUUGCUGAAAAGACUGAAGAAAUUGCAUCCAAGCAAGAGGCAGUCGAUAGCACAGUGGAGUCCGGUCUGGAACUGAUGAAGCACAUCUCAGGGGACGAGGCUCUGCAGCUGAAGGACAAGCUGGACGCCCUCCAGAGGAGAUACAACGACCUCACGAGUCGGGGAGCAGAACUGCUAAGAGUAGCUUCCGAGACCUUGCCGCUCGUGCAGCAGCUGUACAAUAGUCAUAAUAAGCUAACGGAAUGGAUGUCGGGCGCGGAGACCUGCCUGCAAUCGGUGGAGCCUCGCGAGGAAGACAUCCUGCGGCUCGAGGCUGAACUGCAGGAGUUCAGGCCAGUGUUGGACAACAUCAACCUUAUCGGACCGCAGUUGUGUCAGAUAUCCCCCGGAGAGGGCGCCACCCACAUCGAGGGCAUCGUGACGCGCGACAACAGACGCUUCGACGCGAUCGCCGAGCAGGUGCAGAGGAAGGCCGAGAGACUGCUGCUCAGUAAAAAGCGCUCCCUGGAAGUAGUGGGCGACAUGGAGGAGGCGCUGGAGUGGCUGCGCGGCGUGGACGCCGUGUUGCGCAACGCGGAGCCGCCCGCGGCCGAGCCGGCGCCGGUGCGAGCCCAGCUGCGGGAGCAGCGCCCGCUGCAGGACGACGUGGCGGCGCAGCGCGUGCGCGUCAGGGACCUGCUCAGUCAGGCUAAGAAGGUGGUACGUGAGUGCCAGUCAUCCGAUGAGACAGCCGUCAUCCGCGAGAGAUCCGAGGAGUUGAGAGAGAUGAUGGAGGAAGUGGGACACCUCAGCGCCGAGAGACUCGCCGCGCUGGAGCAGGCGCUGCCGUUGGCUGAACACUUUGCCGACACACAUCAUGGCCUCUCGACUUGGCUGGAUGAUAUGGAGAAGCAAGUGCAGAUGCUGGCGAUGCCCGCGCUCAGACCAGAGCAAAUAGUACAGCAGCAGGACAAGAAUGAGAUGCUACAACAGUCUAUAACCGGGCACAAGCCGCUGGUAGACAAGCUGAUGAAGACCGGAGAGGCUCUCGCGAGACUUUGCGGUGAGGACGAUGUCGCCAAGAUCCAGGACAUCGUGGAAACCGACUGCGAUAGAUACAACGCGCUCCGAGCUGAACUGAGACAGAGACAGCAAGAGUUGGAACAGGCCCUGCAAGAGUCGUCCCAGUUCUCCGACAAGUUGGAGGGCAUGUUGCGCGCGCUGUCCGGCGCCGCGGACCAGCUACAACGCGCUGAACCCGUCUCCGCACACCCGCCUAAGAUUGAGGACCAAAUCGAAGAGAACAACGCUCUUGUGGAAGAUCUGGAUAAGCGCAAGGAGGCUUACAACGCGGUACAACGAGCUGCCUCUGACGUCAUCAGCAAGGCUAACAAGAGCGACCCCGCUGUCAGAGACAUCAGGAAUAAGCUAGAGAAGCUUAACAAACUAUGGGACGAAGUACAAAAAUCCAGUGGGUCGCGCACGCGCUCUCUGGAGAGCGCUCUGGAAGUGGCGCGACGUUUCUGGGCCGCUCUCGCCGCUGUCAUGGGCACGCUCGCGGAUCUCCGCGACACGCUCGCUGCGCAGCCGCCGCCCGCAGCACAGCCCCGGCACAUACAGGCUCAGCAAGUCGCACUGCAAGAGAUACGGCACGAGAUCGAUCAUACUAAGCCCGAGGUGGAGAAAGUCCGAAAGACCGGCUCGACUCUCAUGUCGCUGUGCGGCGAACCGGACAAACCGGAGGUCAAGAAGCAUAUGGAGGACCUGGACAGCGCCUGGGACAACAUCACAGCGCUGUACGCUAGGAGAGAAGAGAACUUAAUCGAUGCCAUGGAGAAGGCUAUGGAAUUCCACGACACUCUACAGAAUCUCCAAGAGUUCCUCGACACAGCUGAGGACAAGUUCUCUCGCAUGGGACCUCUGGGGUCCGACAUCGAUGCGGUCAAACGGCAGAUCUCGCAGCUAGCCGCGUUCAAGCAGGAAGUAGACCCGCAUAUGGUCAAGGUCGAAGCAUUGAACAGGAGUCUGAUGAGACAAGCGCAAGAGCUAACGGAGCGCACGUCGUCGGAGCAAGCGCAGGCCAUCAAGCAGCCGCUGUCGUCGGUGAACUCGCGCUGGUCGGCGCUGCUGCGCGGCAUGGUGGAGCGCCAGCAGCAGCUGGAGCGCGCGCUGCUGAAGCUCGGCCAGCUGCAGCACGCGCUGCACGAGCUGCUGCUCUGGAUACACAGCACCGCCGACACGCUCGACACUCUCAAGCCGGUGGCCGGAGACCCCCAGAUCCUGGAAGUGGAGUUGGCCAAGCUGAAGGUGUUGGUGAACGACAUCGCGGCGCACCAGGCCAGCGUCGACACGCUCAACGACGCCGGCGCGCAGAUCGUGCAGCACGGAGCCGGUACAGACGAGGCAGGGGAAACCGCAGAGAAGCUCUCCACCCUGAACAGGAAGUGGCGUGAACUGCAGCAGAAGGCGCGGGACAGACAAACAGAACUCGAGGACGCGCUCAGAGAGGCGCAGAGCUUCAACGCUGAGAUCGGCGAUCUACUAUCAUGGCUGUCGGAGGUGGACAGCGUCAUCGCGGCCUCCAAACCCGUCGGUGGCCUCCCGGAGACCGCGUCCGAACAACUCGAGAGGUUCAUGGAGGUAUACAACGAGAUCGAAGCGAACCGUCCGAAGGUGGAAGCUGUACUGCAGCAGGGCCAGGAGUACCUCAAGAGGCAGGAGAAACCCAACCCCACCUCUCAGCUGCACCACAACCUCAAGAACUUGAAGUCCAGAUGGGACAAUGUGACGGCCAGAGCAUCAGACAAGAAGAUCAAGCUCGAGAUAGCCCUGAAGGAAGCCACGGAGUUCCACGACGCCCUCCAAGCCUUCGUCGACUGGCUCACCAGCGCUGAGAAGACCUUGACCUCCGCCAAGCCUGUCUCCAGGGUCAUGGAGACGUUGCUCACACAAAUCGAGGAACACAAGGUGUUCCAGAAGGAAGUGGCCACGCACCGCGAGACGAUGCUGCACCUGGACAAGAAGGGAACCCAUCUCAAGUACUUCAGCCAGAAACAAGAUGUGAUCCUGAUCAAGAACCUGCUGGUGUCUGUCCAGCAUAGAUGGGAGAGGGUUGUGUCCAAGGCCGCUGAGAGGACCAGGGCUUUGGACCAUGGGUUCAAAGAAGCCAAGGAGUUUAGCGACAUCUGGAACAACUUGAUGAACUGGUUGAACGACACCGAACAGCAAUUAGACGAGCUGAACGCUGAAGCCACUGUCAAUGACCCUGAAAAGAUUAAACAGAGACUGAACAAACACCGCGAGUUCCAAAAGGCCCUCGCGGCCAAGCAGCCGGUGUACGACCAGGCCAUGAAGACCGGCAAGCAGCUGAAGGACAAGGCGCCCAAGUCUGACGAGAACACGCUCAAGACCAUGCUCUCGGACAUGAAGAGCAAAUGGACCACUGUCUGCUCGAAGGCUGUGGAUAGACAACGUAAGCUAGAAGAAGCGUUGCUGUACUCCGGCCAGUUCAAGGACGCGAUGUCGGCGCUGCUGGAGUGGCUCAGCAAACAACAGAAGGAGCUCGGAGCUGACUCUCCCCUCCAUGGGGACCUGGACACUGUCAUGGCGCUCAUAGAACAGCACAAGCAAUUCGAAGAGGACCUGCACUCUCGCGAGCAGCAGAUGCAGUCCGUUAUGAAGACCGGCAAGGAUCUCGAGGCGACCGUGCCGCGCGACGACGCAGCCAGCAUCCGUCAACAGUGCAGCGAGCUGAAGCUUGCGUGGGAGACUGUACAGACUCUCAGCGAGAAGAAGGCCGCCAAGUUGGAGCUCGCACUCAAAGAGGCCGAAAAACUCCACCGCUCCGUUAACAUGUUACUCGAAUGGCUCUCGGACGCCGAAACGAAACUUCGGUUUUCGGGCCAGCUGCCCGAAGGCGACGAGGAGACUCAACAGCAGAUCUUCGAGCACGAGCGGUUCGUGCGCGAGCUCAACGAGAAGCAGCGAGACAAGGACGACACGAUAGCUCUCGCUCACUCCAUCCUGGGCCGCGCGCAUCCCGACGCCGUCACGGUUAUCAAGCACUGGAUCACUAUCAUACAGAGCCGGUGGGAUGAGGUAUGGCAAUGGGCUAUGCAACGCGGCGGCAAGCUGGAGACUCACAUGCAGAGUCUCAAGGACCUGGACCUAGUACUGGAAGAGCUGCUGCAGUGGCUCACCGGACUAGAGAACACAUUACUUUCCCUGGAAGCGGAGCCGUUGCCAGAGUCUAUCGAACUACUGGAGGGCCUUAUCGAAGACCACAAGGAGUUGAUGGAACACACACAGAAACGACAGACGGAAGUGGACCGCGUCUGCAAGGCGUACCAGGUUAAGAGCCAGAGCCAAGGUCGUGAGACCACGCCAAGGAAGGUGUCAGCCAAGAGCGCCACCAAGGGAACGCCUGGUCGCGGCUCCCAGCACGAUUUGAACAGGGACCGGUCUGUGUCGCCUGAUUACUAUGGAUCUAGGAGAUUCAGGUCCAGGAUACAAACUCGCGUUAGGAGAGGAAGCCGAGUGAGUCCGGGACGAGAGACGCCCGAUCGGAACCUGCAACACUACGGGCCGAGGUUCCCGCCAAAGGGCAGCAAAGGCGCAGAACCGGAAUUCAGGUCGCCACGCGUUAAACAACUGUGGGACAAAUGGAGGACUGUGUGGCUGCUCGCGUGGGAGAGACAGAGGAGGCUUCACGAGAGACUCGUGCACCUCAGGGAACUGCAGAGGGUGUCCAACUUCAGCUGGGACGAUUGGAGGAAGCGGUUCCUGAAGUUCAUGAACCACAAGAAGUCCCGUCUGACGGACCUGUUCCGCAAGAUGGACAAGGACAACAACGGUCUCAUACCGAGGAACGAGUUCAUCGACGGAAUCAUCAACACCAAAUUCGACACGUCCCGUCUGGAGAUGGGCGCCGUGGCCGACUUGUUCGACAGGAAUGGCGGCGGUCUUAUCGACUGGGAGGAGUUCAUCGCGGCGCUGCGACCUGAUUGGGUGGAGCGUCGCGGCCCUCCCACGGACGCCGAUAAAAUACACGACGAAGUAAAACGCCUCGUGAUGCUCUGCACGUGCAGGCAGAAAUUCAGAGUGUUCCAAGUCGGCGAGGGCAAAUACAGGUUCGGCGACUCCCAAAAACUCCGGCUGGUGCGCAUCCUCCGUUCCACGGUGAUGGUGCGCGUCGGAGGCGGAUGGGUCGCCCUCGACGAGUUCCUGGUCAAAAAUGACCCGUGCCGAGCUGAAGAGUUUAUGGAGCAGUUGAGGCCCAUAUUUGAGGCUCUGAGGCAGCGGGAGGAGCUCCCGUGCUCAUAUCCGCUGCACGUCGGUUCGACACAUGGCACUAAGCAAGCAUUUAUAUACGGCCAUUCAAGAUCUCAGGGUUCCACGACGCCUGGCGCUCAUCAUUACACGCACCACCAUGGAUACCAGCCCUCACCAGGAUAUCAUUGGGUAAGGGAGCGCACAGCCCGGUCGGUGCCUAUGUCGGCCGGAGCAGUGGCGGGACGAGCAUCAAGGUCGUCUCUUAGCGCUGGCACUCCGGACUCCCUCAGUGACAACGAAGCCGCAAGCGGACUCGGUACCAAAUAUAGAAAACCAAGCGUGGCAAGGUCGACAUUAACACCAGGAGGCUCCCGACCAGGAUCUAGGCCAGGAUCGCGAGCUGGUUCGAAACCACCUUCAAGACACGGUUCCAACCUCUCAUUAGAUAGCACUGAUGACGUGACAACACCAUCUCGCAUCCCGAUGAGGAAGGUGACAAACACUCGCACGUCGACGGCACGAGCUGCCGCCAACGCGAGCAAGCUCGGCCUCACCACGCCCAACGGUGGCUCGCGCCCGCGAACACCCACGGGUUUCUUGACGCCGGCCAGCGGAAGGUAUAGCGGCGGAGGGAUGUACCGCACGUCAAGUAUACCGACAUUGUCACACGUGCCGCCGUUAGUGAGCUCGACACAUUCCCAACCAUCGUCCGUCGCGUCCGAACUGCCCAAAUCCUUAUCCCAUACUCAUCCAGCAUUCCAAACCCAAGGUUCCACAAAAAUUCCGGUAUACGUCGGCAAUCGUUCCCAAAGAACUCCUUCGGUUGAACGACGGUUAAAGAUCAGAAAGUCCCAAUCUCGGGAGACGUCCCAAGAACCCAGUCCCACAUCCCAAGACCCCUCGAGGAAGUCAGAGCAGAGGAGUCCGGAAGACGACUCCUCGUUGUUCAGCAUAUCGGGAAUGACGAGCGACAAUGAAUACGAAAGUACCAUAAGCGAAUCUAGCGGCGAUGCAUCUAAGCCAACCCAGCGAGAUGUCAAAGGGAGCGGGUCGUUUGCCUCCACCGAAGGACAAACGCCCGGCCGAAGUCGUAUUCCUGUGCUUAAGGACCACCAUACUAACAGUAAUGUUAAUAGGCAAAGGACACCGUCAGGCAGUACGACGCCGGUCCGUUCGGGGCAGCAGACUGCCGUGUCGCGACUCCUGCGCAAGCCGUCGGACGCGUCGGACAGUGGCACCCCCACCACGCCCACCACACCGGCCGCGCGACGCGCCGCUGCCGCCUCAUCUCGAACGACGGAGAAGCGCGAACCAUUCCGAUUGUAGACGAAAAUACCGUGAUAUUCCAAUAACGAAAAUGAUGAAAUUGUAUUACCUAUGUUAUGCAAGUCGCUUUGAUGCUAUCGACACUUAAAAUGUAAUCUUGUUUAUGCCCAAUAACGUAUUAUAUCUCCCUCACGUUUAAAAUCAAUAUUCUAAAGCUUGGAUGCCGUCACAGAGCGACUGGCAAGCAUAGUGGCAAGUGCCGAUAUAUUAUUAUAAUCUACUAACAUGAAUUAACCAAUUCGCGGAUUAAGCGAAGCUUAAUAAAAAAAUACGAAUUUGCGAAUGUGGCUUUUUAGUUAAGUGAGAAAUAGAUUGGUAGUAGUAAAAAAAACUUCAAGUCUGCACUUGUUGCCUUGUAUACUUAUUAUUUUCUACGUAAACCUGCGUGUUGCGCAUGAUGAAAAACGUGUUUUUUUUUCUUAUUUAUUUUGUGCUGUCAACUUUUUGGAACAAGAAUUUUCGUUCAAUGUGUAUAUUCCCCAAUUUUACCCCUUAUUUAUUGUCAAUGUUGCCAUAAUUAUUAGUGUAUGUUUUAUAUGUUGAAAUACGUAGUAGCGUCUCGUUACAGUGACCGGAAGGGAAAUGUGAUUUCUUACUUUUUUGUAAUAUUUUUUCUUUAGGGACCAUUUUGUUAACGAACUAUGGAUGAUAGGUGAUUGCCGGUGAAGGUUUUUCAAGACUAGUGCGGGCUCGUAGUAUCGCCAGACUACGCGUAUCGCAAGGUCUUUCUAAAAUAGUCAUCGGCGAUCUGUUAAGGUGAUAAUAUGUGUAUUUUUUUCGUGAAGCACAAUCAUGUUUCGUUUACAUCCUCUGUGUUCAUUCGUGACGUCGGUUAGCAUUUGAUUUCUAUACAAUUAUGUAUAACGUUUAUUUUUACAUCGACUAUUGCACAAUUAUUUUACGGGAUGAAUGCUUUCAGCAAGCGACGACACACGACUAACGCCAGAGUCGUGUGGCGUAUUUUUUAUCAAAAUUAAACGGCUCACAAAGUAAAUUCCAUAGUUGACAUUAUUUUUAAGUGAUUUAACCUAAAGUACACUCUGUCUCAAAAGACAUUACUUAAUAAAACAAAUACUAAGAAUACUUUUGAUAUAUAAAAAUAAACGCUUUGAAUUGUAACCUUCCUUCAUUUAUAAAGUUAACCAUCACUCACUUUUAUUUGUUAAUUUUUAUUAUAUAAAAUGUGACUCUGUAAUUAAGUUCUUAUUAUUAGAGUUAUAAAAAUAUAUUAAUCUGGUCAUUUUUAUUUAAAUCAUUGUUGUAUUUGUUAAAAUGUAAAAUCAAAGCAAAUCUACUAAGAAGCUUUCAAUAUUUUUUGUAUAAAAUAAAGAUUCUGAACAGCUACAGUUUUAAAUCUCAUUAUUGAUUUCAAAAUAUAAAAUAAAGAAUAACAAAUAAUA